AGAACCAAUCAACACCUCAUUCAUUUUCUGUUUUUGCUCGCAGGGCGCGGUUUUUUUGUGGAAACAAAUAUUGGAUUUGUUAGUUGCAUAGCAAAGAAGGCCCUUUUCGAAAAAUGACGGACCUUUCGUCCUCUCUCUCGGGAGCUUCAAGUUCCACUUCAAGUUCCGGGUCCUCUUCGUCCAGGAGAAGUUUUAUCACGACCAGCAACUCGAGCUCAUCCUCUGCGUCGUCAGCCUCAGAAUCGGCUUCUUCUACGUCCUCUUCCAGCGCGUCCGGUUCUUCAUCUUCCAGCAGUUUUUCGUCAGCUAGAGACAGCAGUCACCUAGGCCCACCGUCGGAAGUGCCAGAGAUUGACGAUGAUGGGUCAAAAAUGUCAUCCUCUGUGGCCACCUCUUUGAUGUCCUGGACUGUGAAAGAACCGAUUUAUUCACAUUCCUCCUCCCACCAUCGAGAGCCAGAGAGCUCCAUCACGGCCCGUGCCCGCGCGCUGAAGGCGCAGGAGCCGAUUUUCCUCUUUGCGCCCUCGUCGAGAAGUGGCACGACAUCAUCGGCCUCUUCGUCCGGGAGCGGCUCAUCUUCUGCCGCGGGGUCAAAGAGCAGCAAAGGUGGCUCUGGCUCCUCGUCAUCGUCUGGGGGUAGUAGUAGCAGUAGCGGUAGUUCUAGUGCGACUGCGAGCAAAGAGUCCUCGUCCACAGCGAAGAAGUCGUCAGAAAAGUCUUCGAGCAAGCAGACGUCUUCCUCCUCCUCCAGUAGCGCGACGUCAUCAUCCUCUCCCGUGACCAGUUCUACCGAUCAAAAGAAAAGCACUUCCGAGAAGAGCAAGCGGAAAAGUACUAGCAGGAAAAGCAUAGACGACUCGAGUGGUGCAGCAGGGGCAAACAUGAAAAAAUCCGUCUCGAACAUUACAACCGUAACGGAGCCGGGGCUACACGCGGAGGGCGAAGCACCUGCGCCAGGGACUUUGAACAUGGCUCAGCCGCAGGUAAUUCUUUCCGGAUCGGAGUCCGCACAAGAUUCUUCUUCAUUUGCGGCUAGCAGUAAGGAGCAGAACUACGGGACGAAUUAUGCGGGGAGUAGAACCUCUGCAGCACAACGACGGGAGCUGAAAGUGCAGCGGGCACUGGAGCAAACGAGACGCGCACUGGACGCUGGCGCACGGAUGCACGCGGUCGGCGCGGAAAUGACGGCGAAGAAAAAGGCGCUCGCGGAGGCGAAACGAGUAGCGGACGACGAACUGGUCCGGCGGUCGCAGCUGGAGCGGAUCGCAAGGCGGAAGGGGUUGGGAACCCGGGUGGAUUUGCUGACCAGUCACGACUAUGAAAUGCAAAAAUGUCUGGGUCUGGAAGAAUGCAAGAUUUCGAUUUGUGAUGCAGGUUUUCCAUGACCCAUGAGGUCUGGGAUGCGAGACCCAGCAUGACAGAUUCUUUGAGGUCUCUAUCAUGCCGUUCCUGCAUGAGAAACUCCCUCUCAACUUGGUCAAAAGCGGACAGCUUUUGGCACUCACGCAACACAGAUUUUUGCAUCAUUUAGAUUUAGCAUGACAAGUUCUAAUCUUCCAGACCCAGACAUUUUUUCAAUCCAUAAUGACGACGUGCAUUCGAAAGCGGAGCGGGAUGCGUUCCUAGCCGGGAUGUUUUCCCAAGGCAUGGAGAUGUUGGAAAGGAGAAAAGAGGUAUGAAACAAAAAAUAAAAAAUGAAAUCAAGAACUUCAAGUGCUGACGCUUUUCCUCGGGUUUUUGGCUUGACAUUACAUGUAACGAACGAGAUGUGGAUCUGGAAGUUUCAAGAAUAAUAUGUUUGCCUCUAUUGCUUCUAGAAUUGGUUUAUCACAAAAAUUCGUACCAGCGCAUCGCCAACGCGCGUCCCCAGCGGGACUACCAGAAAGAGCUCGAGGAGAUGUUACAUCAGUCCAUGGCCUCCUACGCGGCAUUGCAGAAGAAGGGUCUCUACCGCCCCGAAAUGAGCGUGGAAAAAUACGCGGAGGAGGACGCGGCGUUGCCCCCCGACGUCCCCCGUGCGUCCGACAUCAGUAAAAUGACCACGGCGUUCGAACGGUUACACUCCCUGGGGAAGCUGUCGCUCGCGCGGAACAAGCUCCGUGCGGAGAGGAAGGAGAAGGAGGAAGUCGAGCUGUCGGAGAAGGUGGAAACGACGAUUAGAACGGCGUUGAAAUCUUACAAAGACGAUUUCGGCGGGCGAGAUUUUUUGGACAACGACCCGACCUGGGCGAUGAAAGCGCACGGCAACUACGCGAACAUCCUGCGGCAAAGAGACCACGAGCGGGAGCACGAGGCGGACAAGGAUUUUUUCCACUUCCACGCGCCGCAGGUAGCUUUGCAGGUGAAGUAUGAGAAGUUGGCGAAUAAUGGUGAGUGGGACCCGGAGACCGCCUGGUUGGGACUCUACAAGGACUACAAGCGGAGGCAAGCGAAGAAGGCGAACCUGCUGAAGCAGAGCGAGUUGGCGCAGAAGGUGAUGCUCAGGUCUCUGACCCAGUUGGUGCAGAAGCAGCGGCAGGAAAGAAGGGCGUUCCUCGGCAUGGACCGGCCGUUAUCAAAUGCAAAUAUGUCUGGGUCUGGAAGAAUGCAAAUUUGUCAUGCUGGUCUGGCAUGACUUUUGAAUCUGUGAUGCAUGAGCAGGAAAAGGGCCUAUUGCCACCUGUCAUGCAAAAACGCAGUUUGUCAUGCGAAAACCGAAACACACAGCAGCGCAAAAACAUGUCAUGCUGGGCAGCAUAUUGCAGUGUGCCCACCAUUCGUAGAUUCGCAUCGCAAGUUUCCAGGCCCAGACAUAUUUGCAAUGCAUAGCCACCGCGCGCGCCGCAGGAGGUCAGCGCCAUGCUGUACGCGGAAUUUUUCGCGCGCAAAAAGAACAAACAGUUGCUGCUGAAAGAUAGUAUCGAAAGGGAGCGGGCGCGGAUUCAGGAGAUGCGGAAGUGCAUUUUUGUGCGGAUGGAGAAAAAUUACCACCGUGCGGUCAAGCUGUACCGCGGCCAGUUGGUGGAAAACCACAACCGAAGCAGCGGCGCAGGGUUAGCGCCCAUGAUGAAGGCGAUCUACAGCACGAAUGACGGAGGUGGGAGUAGUAGUAGUGCGCUCGACCAAAAUGAGGAGUUGCAGGAAAUGCAACACGAUCUACCGAGACUGCAGAUGCGGAAGCACUUGUUCGCGAGCGUUUUCGACUACUUGCACAGUACGAAACGCGUCCUCGCGGUCGCCGCGGACCCGCACCCAGACCGGCGGACGGCGUCCUUGAAGCCGAGUAACAUUUUUACGAAGCUGCACAACGACGCGGUGGAGCGGCUGGCGCGACGGCAACAGGUCCGAAUCGCGAGGGCACUGUUGGAAACCCGGCAAUUCAAAUUGCGGGAGUGGGAGCGAAACGAGUACGCGCGGCAAACGUACAAACUCUUAUCCGGGGCGGGGGCGGAGGAAGAUAACGCGACAAAUAAAUCUGGACCACGAGAAGGAGAAAAAACGCAAGAGAACAAAGACAGCAUCCCAGAUUCCUUCCUGAUGCGACAGGAGUUCGAGAUUGUGUGGCGCAAAUUCAACCGCACGCGGGACCGGGCCUACGCGGCCGCCAAGAUUGUUACGGAGGAACGAGAAGCGGCGCAAGCCAGGGAAAUCGAGCUGGAGCAGCGCAAGGCGCAGUUGGCGAGGUUGCAGGCGGAGUCACCUCACCCGCCGGCGGUGUACGAUCCAGCGGAGAACGCGGAAAAGGUAAAACAGGAGCAAGUUGUACCAGCGCCGUCUGUUGUUGUUCAAGGAAAUAGGCCUAGUGCUGGUAAAACUAGUGGCGUAUUGAAAGGGACAGGAGAGAUCCGCUCCGCACCGUCCGUGUCCGCGGGGACAAAGCAGCUGAAAACGAGGAAGUGAAGAGAGGUAACUGGUACUUUACAGAGAAGAAGCUAACAAGGUUGUCCUGUCUUAUGCAUUGUUUUUCUGUAGUUUCGAAAGAAUUACAUCAUGUUUAGUCCUAUUCUGAAUGUAUCUUAUUCUUGGUUUCCCCUUUAGGUUGAGGAUUAUCGACACAAUGUACAUAUUCAUGUUCUCGCAGGAUUUUAUGCAUAUGGAGGUACCUCCGACUUUUUUACGCCGUGUAGACUUUUUUAGCAUACAUACAAACCAUUUUUUCCAAUUGACAAAGCAGAAGAAACCGUUUCGGUUUUUUUCAAACUUAUCACUUUUUUGGCAUCAGGGAAAAUCGCAGUUUAUCGGAUUGGAUUCGAAGUGAUUACCGUGUGUGGAUCUAUUUUUGACGUUGCUAAUGACGAAACACAAACAUCAACAUGUACAAUAGGCACUGUGUUUUUAUCAGAAACAGAAGGGCAGCAAGCCAUCGCAUACGAUCAGCGCACAUCGUUA